AUGGAUGCUGCAGCUACGCGUAGACGGCCUGUGAAGGCUUGUACAGAAUGCCGUCAGGUAAAGUUGAGAUGUGAUGCGAAUGACACAUUUCCGCAACCCUGUGCCAGAUGCACUAAGCGAGAACUUGUGUGUGUGAUUGAUUCAACGUUCAAGAGAACUGCCACACGGCUACGUCUACAGUCGGUCACAAAUGAAUUACGGCAAUUGAAAGAAGCUCUCAAUGCUCAGACAACCGAGGACCCUCUGAAGGCGACAAGCACCGCUUCUCUAAGUGACUCUACAUCGUCUUUGCAACGUCGAGACAGAUCUCGGGGUCCACAGCAGCGCAGUCUUCCUUCCAGCGAUCCUUUUGGUCUCCGUGAAGACGAAAAAUGUCUUCUGCAGCUGAGAGAGGCGCGGCUUGAGGACAGCACCUUCGAUCAGAAUGAUGUUCGCAAUUUGUUCUUAUUUCUGCACACGGUUCAGGCUAUUCUUUUUCUGUCCACUUGGCCGUCACCGAUCAUGUUUCAGCUUGAAGACCCAAGCUUGAUGUUUGCUGGCAUCGCCGUUCAUGCUGCGUUUAUCCUGGGCCUCCCUCGUGCUCUUACUUCGACAGGACCUUUAUCUUCGACGAUAUCACAAGAGCAUCGAGAGGCGAUGGCAAAGACAUGGUUGGCUUGCUUUAGUGUUCAUACAAGCUUAUCAAUGUUUAUGGGAGUUCCGCCUUCAUUAAGAGGUGCUCAUGAACUUUCUACUGUCGACACCAUCCUCGAAAGAAGCUUUGUGCCUACCAAACUAUCGAUUGAGACAGAGAUUCAGCGCUGUGUUGCAAAAUACCAUGAUGCCAUGCUUGGAGAAAUGGAUGGCCCAGUCCGAGAAACACUGGUUCAAAUGUGCGAACGGGAAAUGGAUAACAUCCCACUUCGGUUAUCUUGUUCACUUGAUAGCUACUUGACAUUCUCUUUUGUUGUGGGUAAGUUACACGUGUACACCUUGGCUUUGGUCAGAGAAGGAGCUUCAACCGCUAAUAAACGACGGUUCGAUCCUCACACUCGCGGUGCAACCUUCCAAAGUCUUGGAAUGGCAGCUGCAAACCGCAUCAUUGAGCUGUAUUGUAAUGGCCUGGAAACACCUCCUGGACAGAACGACAAGAACUUGAUCGAUCACUACCUGGCACUCCCCAAAUCGUUCUUCCGUGGAGUCUUGUUCGCGACAUUCUUUCUGCUCAAAUACUUUGCAUUGAAUGGUAGUUGUCCCGACGAAGACAAGCUGACCGCACGGAACAAGGUUUUGAUGGUUCAUGCGAAGCUUCGAGCGACUGCUCCGCAUCAAUUCUCCGAGUCUGGCCGAGCCGCGACUGUCAUAGAAGUACUUUGUCGUCAUGCUGACAGUGGUAAUACCAAUAUGGGAAUCGAGGUGGAGGAUCGUGCUAGUGCGUCCGUCGCUUGGGGAGCGCUGAUCCUGGCCUCUAAGAUAAGAGGUAAUCGAUCAUGGUCAACCAACAUCCUCCAAAACAUCAACCCAACGUCGCCACCAGAAGCGGCGGGCUCUCGAGAAUCGUUCGCCGAUUUUCCUCCUGAUCCGGAUCCGACAGUAGCGGCACCGAGUGAUGAGGACAUGUCACUGCCGGAAGACAUAUGGGAUCAGUCAUUCUUGGACCUCCUCGACUUCAGAGCAUACGAUUUUAAUGGUGGGCUCGAUCAACCUUUAGACUGGGAAGUACCAGGACAACAAAACGCUGCAUUCAGACCCUAA